AUGGAAAAUCUUUGGAACACAACAUUUAACUUUUGGAUUGAUAAUGCAGAUCCUAGAGGUGCUCAGUGGCUCCUAACAUCGAGUGUAUUUCCAAUUAUUAUUAUUGAUGCAACAUUUUUACUUUUAGUACUUAUUCUUAACAGUUUGAUUUCAGUACGAUGUAUACCGAUUGUUCAGUCAUUUGAAGGUAUUCACUAUGAGAUUGCUGUGUGGAUGUACGUCUGGCUAUGGUUUAAAAUAUCAGAAAUGAUCGAGACCAUCCUGAUUAUCAUUGUCUAUGGACGAACAACAACAUUCAAUGUGAUUCAUCAUUCAUUACAUCCAUUUAAUCUUAAUAUUGAUACUUUUAUGUCUUCAGAUUGGUGCCUUGAUAGUGUCAGCGAUGUUCUUCGUUCCUUUGGUCCAGCGCCAGCUUUAUCAACAGCAGCAAACAGCUACAAAACUACUUUGAUGGAUUUCAGUACAGUCUCAAAUUUUGACACAUCCAAAACCUUGUCAACUUGUGCAGAUAUUAAUAUGAAAAUAUCAAGCAUAAAGUUUGAAUUGCAAAAGAUUUUAGGAUUGAGUAGGCAGGCAACGCAGAACUUGACAACACUAACAACAAAGAUGAAUUACGUGACUUAUUAUUAUAGUUUAAAUUAUGGAAUUUUGACAGGAUCUCAAGUUGCAAAUUAUGUUGCUGUAUUAAGUGGAUAUUAUGCUAUUGCCAGUGAAUACAAUUAUUAUGUCUACUACCUUGGCGUGGCUUACAAUAACGAGACUUAUGUCAUGUCCAAUUUAAAUGCAUACAAAAAAGUUUAUUGCAGUUGUGGAACGGAAACGAAAGAAGAUUCAACUUUGGAAUCAAACCUUGCGUAUAUCCAGCGACCACUUGAGAAGGAUCAGACAAGGACACGUGCAGCACUGCUGGCUGCAGGCUCAGCUGUAAAAGCAGCAAUUUCACAAAUUCCAGUUAGUCCAAAAACAUGCUCGGUUGCUGGAAGUUUGCAAUUUUUGUCAGAAUUCCUCGCAAAAACGUCAACAAUUUCCGAUUACACGAAAAUAAAUGCCGGAAAAAAGACUUCCUGUGACGAGUGGCAAAAGCGACGGACAUUAGUGUUGUGCUUGUUUUAUGAAUAUCAGAAAAUUUCAACGCAAAUUUAUUCGAAUUUGACGACCUUGAAUGCUUAUUUAGCCGCUGUAAAUGUGACUGUUCGAACUGUUAAUUUGACAUUGAAUGCUGUGCAGGGCAAUGCACUUCAAAGUGCUUGUAAUUCUAUGGGAUAUGCUUCUAAUUUACUUACUGGAUAUUUAAAUGAUAUUAAGUAUGCUAUAAUAAUGAUUUAUACUGUUUUAACUGAAAUCAGCAGCGUUGGUGACAGCUAUUGUGGAUGUACAGAUAAAAUGGCAUCUACUGAGGAAACAACAUUAAGUUAUGCUCGAGAAAUGUCAAUAGAAGAUUCAACAAUUUCAAAAACUACUUUCAUACCUUCAACAACCUCUACAACACUUUCAACCACUUCAACUACUUCGAAAACGCCUUCAAUUACUUCAACAACUUCUACAACGCCUACAACAACUUCAACAACACCUUCAACUACUUCAAUAACUUCAACAACUUCUACAACGCCCUCAACCACUUCGACUACUUCAACAACUUCUACAACGCCUACAACAACCACAACAACACCUUCAACAACUUCUACAACACCUUCAACCACUUCGACUACUUCAACAACUUCUACAACAACCACAACAACACCUUCAACAACUUCAACAACAACCACAACAACACCUUCAACAACUUCAACAACAACCACAACAACACCUUCAACAACUUCUACAACACCUUCAUCUACUUCAACAACUUCAACUACUUCAACAACUUCAACAAUACCUUCAACAACUGCUACAACGCCUUUAACCACUUCGACUACUUCAACAACUUCUACAACGCCUACAACAACCACAACUACUUCAACAACACCUUCAACAACUUCUACAACACCUUCAACUACUUCAACAACUUCAACAACACCUUCAACCACUUCGACUACUUCAACAACUUCUACAACAACCAAAACGACACCUUCAACAAUUUCAACAACUUCUACAACACCUUCAACAACUUCAACUACUUCAACAACUUCUACAACGCCUACAACAACCACAACAACACCAUCAACAACUUCAACAACUUCAACAACAACACCUUCAACAACUUCAACAACACCUUCAACAAUUUCUACAACGCUUUCAACCACUUCGACUACUUCAACAACAACUAAAGGAAGAGGACGCAAAACUACAACUUUAGCACCAACAACAACUUCAACUUUACCUUUGCCUCCAUCACAGCCAGCAGCAACAACUAUCCAAACAACUAUUGCACCAACUAUACCACCUGGUAGGACAUCAGCAUCAACUCUGGCAGCAUCUCAAUCAACAGCAACUCAAACACCAGUUCUAGCGACAACAACUAAAAUCCAAACAACAAUUGCAACUACAACAACUCGAAGAAAAGGAGGUCCACCAGGUAGACAGACAACAACUGUUUUAGCUACAACAACCAUAUCACCUAGUUUGCCAACAACGACAACAACUAAAAUUUCAGCAGCUUCUUCUACAUCCCAAAUUACAGCAACAACAACAGCUAAAGGAAAUGGAGCAACAACAACAUUACCGACAGGAACUGUCAGAAGAAGUCGAACUUCAACCACAGCAACUGCACCAAAAGGAAGAGCUGGAAAAACAACCACAACAACAGUAAAUCCCAAUUUUCUACCAGUCGGUUAA